GCUACAAUCAUGCGAUCACACACAUCGUUCACGUCAAUGGCAAUCAAUAAUGAGGAGCACAUGACUGACGCGACGACGGCAGCGCGAUGAUGGUGUCAGAGGACGAGGUCGCAAUGAGGCGGCAAGUGCCGGUACUCAACAUUGCCCAAGACCCCUUUGGCGUGAGCGCAGACUCGAUUCCCGACGACAGCGAAAACAACCACGAGCAGGCGUUGGCCGUCACUAGCUCAGUCCUAAUACAAAGGUGGUGCACCCCUACACACAGUGUAUGUGUUGGUAGCCAUCUGUGCGGUUGCAGGGGCUGCCGUGGGCAUCAGGAUCACCCGCAAACUCGGCCCACUCGUCCCAGCUACCCAGUCAAUCGUCGUGCGACUCUUUGCGCUGGGGUCUUGGAGUGUCGCCCCAUCAUUCGCCGACAAAAAGGAUGGCCUGUAUCGGUACCGCGACGACGUCGAUCGAAGGGCCCAGGCACGCGUGGCGUCGGCCAUAGGCGAUCACUGCCACUCAAGGGCCCGUUCCUCCGCAGCUCAUCGUCAGCCAAGGGUACUAACCACUACCUACAGCUGUACCUACCUACCUACAUAUGGCCUGCUCAUCUUGACAUGAUGUAUGCGAAUAGGAACAACUUCAACUGGUUCGGGUUGCUUCCAUCUUCCACUGCAGCGUCCGUGGCCACUCGCGCGACAGACACGUUUACCUCUGGGUACAACCAGUCGGCCCUUUGGUCUAUUCCGUGGGCGGCUAUUAUGGGAGAGCACGACGUCGGCGGCGGCAACUUCCUCUGCGGAGUUUCAGAAGCGACGUUACAGUCGACAUUUUCCAUCGCGGCAGCAGCACCACCUAAAGGGAAGCAUCACAACAUGUCUACCAACCCAAGGCAAAACAAAAUUCAAGGUGGACUUUGCCAGACUCGUACUACAAGCAACGGAUAGUCUCGUCGAACGGCCACGUGUCCAUCGAUGUCUUCCACGUGAAUGUGCUCGUGCAUACUGCCGUGCCCAUUUGCUGCUGGUGCAUCGGGUAUGUCCCCCCAACGGCCGCGGCCACCGCCGCUUGCCGAUCGAUCCAACCGAAAGAUGACUAUUGCGCCGGGGGAAACUACGCCUUAUACCAAACAUGUCGGCAGCAACUCGAGGCGGUGGCCGACACGUCGUUUGCGCACUUCCAACGCGACGUGAUGGCGUCUAUGGCCACGUACAAGGUUGUCAAUAGACACGUGUCGCCUUGGGAGAUGGGGACCACAGACCGAUCAAAAUGGAUGGACGCGGUGGCAAAGUGCACUUGUGGCUCUCCAUGCACACGUCCCCGGCGUGAUCCAUGUCAAGUCGACGUCGUCCACAAGAUUGCUCAAAGACCGAAACAAUCGUCACGUCCAUCAUAUCACACUGUGACGAAAACGACGACGACGAGGCUCAAGACGAGAUGACGGAGGCUAGUAGUACUAGGUCGGGGUUUACCACGCACUUUAUUGCCAAAGGAAUCGGCGGAGGGACCCCCAUGAGUGUUCACUCGGGCAUCGAAACGUGGGCACUGGACGAGCGCAAGUAUGGCUUUUUGGACAUUCGCGUCACGGCCACCAAUAUGCGCGUCCAGCUGCGCACGGCGGGAGGAACUGAUGAAUUGGGUGGACAUAGCCAGGGAUAGUAGUGGUAUCUAUGACUCGUACAUGCCAUAAACCGAGACGAGUAAACAAAAGAGUGUGUGUAUUUGCU